AUAGUACGAACUAUAACAACGCCUAUAGCUUGCGCGAAUGUGAAACGGCUGCUCACUAGCGGGCCAACGUUCCUAGAUCUACAGUUCAAGUGAUAGCAGUGGAAGGAACUGGAAAAUAUGGCCAAUUUGAUGCAGGGGAAACGCUUCGAAUUAGUUGUUUGAAGUUUUUUUUGGCGGCGUCUGCAUUUUAAUUCACAACCUAAAAAGCCUUGUGAACGUUGAUGUAUUUGCCUUUGUAUUAAAAGCAUCCACUGGUUGAUGCAAGCUUGACCUCUAUUCAUUUAGUGACAGGGCUAGGCCAGAGGAACGUUUGAACAAAGAACGCUGCUUCGAGUUAGACAGAAGAGCCGUCUGCAUAAGCCAUAACGAACCGAAGUGACUCAGAAACACAUGCUAAGUUCUAGUAAUACGAGAUAACCGAACAGAAUUUUCAUUUUCCAUUGAAGUAUACAUACAGCUAGAAUGGGAUGUAAUGUUAGUAAAGACGUACAAGUGGAGGAGCAGCAGGAAAAGACUGAAGACGGCCAAGUUCAGGAAGGAAAGAAACAAGCCGAUCACGUUUCGACUCCAGAAGAAGAAAAAGCUGCCACAAAGAUUCAAUCAUCAUUCCGGGGAUAUAAAGCUAGAAAAGAAGUGAAGAGGAUGAAAGGAAAUUCACCCCAAAAAAAAAAUAAUGAACAUCAGCAAUCCUUUGAUCCAAAUGAUCCGGAUCUUUCUAAAGCGGCGACCAAGAUCCAAGCUUCGUUUAGAGGUCACAAAGUGCGGAAAGAGAUAAAAUCUCAGAAUGAACUGAAGAAAGUGGAAAACACUGAGGAAAGAAAUGACCAAAGCAGUCCUUAAAUCGCAGGAAUUCAACUAUUCCUUAUACUGCUUAUAUUUUCUGUGAUUUAAACAGCAUGUUCUGCAACUUUUAUACUUCAGGGGACUGGAAGCUUUUGUUAUAUGUGCAAAACUAAGGACAGAAGGAAUUAUGGAAGUGUGAUGUUACUUCAAGAAUAAAAGCAAUCAGCGAAAGCCUAUUCUAAUGAUAAAAAUGGCUUACUAAUUCACUCUUUUUUUUAUCUCCCUCCUUUUACACUAUCGUUUUUUUCAAAACUUUUUUUUCUUAGCUUCAAUGCUUCAUAGUAAUUAGUCAACAGUAUAUCAUAAUUCAACAACAAUUAUAUAUAUUAAAUCCUGAUGUAUACGAACUUUCGUACAUUCCUUACUUUAUUAACGACAUUUGCUUUGAUGAAUAAGCAUUUGUCAUUAUUCAUUCUCUCAAUGUUUCAUUGAAAUAAACUGUAUACCAAUACGUUUCUUCACAUAUGUUAUUUAUUACAAGUUACAGCUUUGACAGUAAGGAAGGAUAUUUUUUAACAGGUACGACGUUUCGAUCAUUGGCGCGAUCAUUCUCAAGUACACAGGUAUUAUCGGUAAAGAAGGUCUCUGUAUUAUUUAAAUACCGUUAAGUACACAGGUUUUAACUGUAUUUAAAUAAUACAG